UUACAGUCUGAAGCUUGUCUUCUCCUCUGACUCCUAUCUCUCCUCUCCUCCAGCAUGAUGUGGCUCCCGAGAGACUCCUGUGUGGCAGUUGUGAUCCUGUUGCUGACAGUGCUGAGCCCUCCGGUGGUGUUGGUCAGAGACCCCACGGCACGGUUUUUGGAACAAGCUAAAUGUGAGUGUCAUUUCUACAACGGGACGCAGCGCGUGCGGUUUCUGUCCAGAUACAUCUACAACCGGGAGGAGUACGCGCGCUUCGACAGCGACCUGGGCGAGUUCCGCGCGGUGACCGAGCUGGGGCGGCAGGACGCCGAGUACUUUAACAAACAGAAGGACUACAUGGAGCAGUUGCGGGCCACGGUGGACACGGCCUGCAAAUACGACUACGAGAUCCUUGAUAGCUUCCUUGUGCCGCGGAGAGUUGAACCCAAGGUGACUGUGUACCCUUCAAAGACGCAGCCCCUGAAACACCACAACCUCCUGGUCUGCUCUGUGAGUGACUUCUACCCUGGCAGCGUUGAAGUCAGAUGGUUCCGGAAUGGCGAGGAGGAAAAGGAUGGAGUCGUGUCCACCGGCCUGAUCCGAAAUGGAGACUGGACCUUCCAGUUGCUGGUGAUGCUGGAGACGGUUCCUCAAGGUGGAGAGGUUUACACCUGCCAGGUGGAGCAUCCCAGCCUGACCAGCCCUGCCAGAGUGGAGUGGAAAGCACAGUCCACGUCUGCACAAAAUAAGAUGAUGAGUGGAGUCGGGGGCAUCGUGCUGGGUCUGCUCUUCCUGGGAGUUGGGCUGUUCGUCUACUUCAGGAACCAGAAAGGACAGUCUGGACUUCAGCCAACAGGACUCCUGAACUGAGGUGAGGUGACAAGGCUGAAGGAAGGCGUUCUCCCACUGUCUCCAUGUCUUGAAAACAUGUCCUGCUUGGCCCACAUUCCUCCAGAGACAGUGCUCUCCCGGGACCUGGCUCCUCCUGAUUCUCCACCCUGGAGAUCUGUGCUCCUUGUGGCUGUUUAACCCUUGGCCAGACCUUGCAGCCCCAGGGACAGAAGCCCCCUCUCUCACCUCUCCUGCUCCCUUUUGUCCCUUACUCUUUGCCUGGCGCUUCUGAGCCAGUCUGCUGUCAUAUGCUUUCUGACAUCUUUUUCAAAUAAACAAAGAAUGAAAGUCAUCUGCUUCAGAGUUUCAAGCAGAAGAAAUACCAUUCAUGCAUAGUAAGCAUGGGGGAUAGUGUAUAAGAAAUAAAUUCAGUUUUAAUUGUUACUUGUCAA